AAGAUGCAAAUCUUACUCAUCCCGUCUUCAAAAUUUAGUCUCUUCCUAAACACAAAAAUGAGUUCCAAGGCCUUUAUUUUUCUCGGUCUUCUCUUCGCCCUCGUUCUCCUUAUCUCUUCGGAGGUGGCCGCGAGAGACCUCGCAGAGACCUCCACAAAGAAGGAGAACGAAGCCACGGCGGAGACCAAUGGCGUAGAGGAUGCCAAGUAUGGAGGAUAUGAUGGAGGUUAUGGCGGGCGUGGUGGGUACGGUCGUGGUGGGUAUGGUGGUCGAGGUGGGUAUGGUGGUCGAGGUGGGUAUGGUGGACGUGGUGGGUACGGUGGCGGAGGUGGGUAUGGAAGGGGUUGCCGGUAUGGACGAUGCGGGUACAGGUGCUGCAGCUACGCCGGUGAAGUGGUGGAGGGCGCAAAGCCGUAGGACGACGUGGGGAUGGGGUGAAAUAAUGAAAUAGUUUAAAAGUUAACGUGUGAAGUGUGAAGUUUGUGAAAUAAAUGCAUGGGGAAUGGAGUGGCUGCUAGUUUUUCCUUUUUCCCUGUGUUUGGGUUUUAGUUUGUUGCUACAAGAUUUCAACUUUGUAUAAUCCUAGUACUAUUUCCAUCA